AUGGCUUCCAAGGUAAACGUCAAACCCCUCGCCUCUCAUGGCGGCUCGGAUGUGGAUUUGGGCGCCCUCGUCACCGGCAUCGACGUCGAGCACCUCUCUGAUGCCGACUUCGCCCUUCUCCGCAAAGCUCUCUUCACCCACCAAGUACUCAUCCUUAGGCACCAAUCUCACGUCUCUCCCAAGACUCAGUAUGAGCUCACCCAGCGCUUCGACCCCGAGGCUCGGGCUUUAUAUGGUCAUGACAAGACCCCCGACACCAAGCGCUCUAUCCUUCACCCGGACCUGAAGACUAUCCCAUUUCAGCCUCAAGUCCAGGUCAUUGGCAACGGCUUCAUUCCCUCCUACGAGGGCCUUGAGAACAUCAGGCUCCGGCACCCGCACCACAGAACAUUUCACCAGACCGUCAUUCCCGAAGCGGAUGAUCUCAGCUACACAAGGUUCUACCGAUGGCAUAUCGACGCUGCGCUGUAUCAUCUUGCCCCCCCUGUCGCAACCACUCUUCUCGCUGUCAAGCUCCCUUCCACGCGGGCGCAGACGCUGAGAUAUGAUGACGGCACUGGCGACGAAUUGACGGUCCCUUUAGGGACCACGGCCUUUGUCAAUGGGGAGACCAUGUACGACAUCCUAUCCCCGCAAGACAAAGAAUUCGCUCGCGGAACCAAGGUUGAGUAUGCGGCCCAUCCUUACAUAUGGAUGUCUCCCGCCAAAUCUCGCCCGACAGGCCUCGGCAUGGUCUCUGAGGGCAAAGAACUCUCCGAGUCAGAGCUCCCUCCAAUCGACCCUUCGGCGGUUCAGAUCCUGCCCAUGUGCUGGAAAAACCCUGUCACAGGUCGCCUAGCACUGCAGAUUCACCCGUCCGCUGUUCGACGUCUGCACCUUGCCGACGGGACGAUCAUGGAUGACUUGAAGACGGUCCGAGAGCUUGUGUACCGGCUUCAGAGGCCAGGCAUCGCACCGGCCAUGGUUUAUGCGCACGAUUGGCAGGAGGGCGAUCUUGUCAUUUUCCACAAUAGAGGCGUCCUUCACUCUGUGGUUGGCGCUUUCGCCGAGGAUGAGAUCCGACUAUUCAGGCAGUGCAAUAUUGCCGGUAGCGCUUUGCCCGAGGGCCCUGAGUUUAUCUAG